CCCGUUGACCUUUGUAGGCCCUGCAACAACCAAUAUAAACUGAGGAUACGCUCAUAAGCUCACACAAAUAGAAAUGGUCCUACUCCUAGUCACGCACACGAUUGAAGUGCCCUCCUCGCGAGUGCCGCUAUCCGCUAUCAUCCUGGUCGAUGCCAUCAAGCGCAAACAGCUGCCUCCGAAUCUAAAAUGCCGGCUGGUAAUCCCGAGCUCGGGGCACCACUCUUGCUCAAUAUGGGACGCUAGCUCGGUGGAGGAGCUCCAAGCUUGGAUUGACAUAAACCUCCUGGAUGGCACAGCUAGCAUCGCGGAGAUUCCCGAGGAGUUCACGUAUGGCCUUUCGCUGGAGCUGACUACGGCGCGUGCUGCUGACAAGGUCGCCACCACCAGCAAAUCCACGCUGGAGCGAAUCAACACCACCGGCGCGCGCGUUAUGGAGAGCAUGUCGGAGAAGCUUGAGCAGCUGGACGCGCGCACCAACCUGAUCACGGCCACCCGUGAGACCGCCUCCGCCGCCGCCGCUAAGGUGAAGCAGGCCACCAACAGCGCCAUGGAGAACGAGAGCGUGCAGCGGGGGCUGCAGAGCCUCAGCACCUCGCUGCAGAGCGCAGGCACCAGCAUGAACCGCGCCUUCACCUGGGUGGGCAGCAAGGUGAAGGAGUCCUUUGGCGCCGAGGCGGGCGCGGGCUACACGGGCGGUGGCGGCGUGGGCGGCGCGCAGUCCUACAGCGGCUUCAGCUCCGAGCCGCCCAGCUAUGAGGCCGCGGCUUACGCCUCCGCGCCCGCCGCGGCUGCGGGUCUGGGCGGCAGUGGCUUCAUGCCGGUCAGCACGCACGCGGCGCGGUCGUCAGUCGACCACCAGCAGCAGCAGCAGCAGCAGCACCGCGUGGCGGGGCCGGGCCCGGUGACGGAGGACGCGGGGCCGAUGCCGCAGUUCACCCUGGACGAGGGCGUGGCCAGCCCAAUGGUGCUGUCGCCCGCCAAGGAGGCGGCGGAGGGCCACGCGGCCGGCCACAGCAACAAUGAACACGACGAUGCGGCGGCGGGCGGCGGCGAGGGCGGCGGCCUGGAUGCAGCACCCAUCGUGGCGCCGGUGGGCGCGGCGGCCACGUGAGGAGGGCGGCAGCGUUGGUGCGGGCCGCCUCAGGCGGACGUGAGGAGGGCAGUACCGGGGGUGUGUAGGGAGGAGGCAAGUAGCAUGGAGGAGGCUUGAGAAAUGGUUACGUGGAGCUGCUUGGAUUGUGGCGGAAGUGCGAGUUCUGAGGCUCGCUGUUGCGCCGGUGUGCGUGCCUGUACCGAGCUCGGGGCUGUGACUGGGCUGUUAGGAGGUGCGCUAGUAGCAUCGCGGGAGCAGCUGGAAAACCGGCAGUGACGCCCACGGUGGGAGAGAAGAUUAAAUUCGUGUUCAGUCGUGGAUGAUGAGGACUUUGUCAGUCCUGAAAUGAGCUUGUGUAGAGUCCUGGGCUGUGAGAGCUUGCCGCGGGGUGAGAAGAGGGAGUGAGAGCUGUCUCAAUUGAGACGCAGGGCUGCUUGUCGUGCUGCUGCUGAACGUAAACGCAUUGGGGUUCUGGAGCGCUGCGUGUGCGCGUGCGUGUCUGUGUUUGUCGAUGUUGCAGCAGCUGCAAGCUCUGCUGCGGCUGUCGUCGGCAGGGAAUGCCGCUGAAGCGAUGUGUCAGGACAGGCUAGGGCUGAGGAGGUAGUGACAGGGCACAGGGUGGUGCAUGCGAGCUGUGCAGACGCCUGAACGCAUCCACCAAACAAAUGGCGGUUCCAAGACAGCUCAGACUAAGGGGCAUGCUGAUCAAGCCGGUGGCGCCUCAGUUUGUUAGAAGCGGACCAAGUGACAGGCCUCACACCGCAUUCGGGAUCCAGGGCGGAUCCAGAGAGGAGCAGCGCUCUCGCCUGGAACUAACGAAGAGAUAAGAGAGGUAAGAGAGUUGGGCA